UUAAGUUAGCGGUAAUGUUGAAAACAAUUUUUCUUGUCGUUAUUACGGUUAACUUAUAUCAUUUAGUGUAUACUGAAGAUGCAUGUGGUGAAAAUGAAAUACUAGUAGAUUGUCCUGAUACUCUCUGCGAACCUAAAACGUGUUCGGAAUUAGGUUUCCCGAUAGCUUGUCCUGGAGUAACUGUAGAUGGUAGUUGUCCAGGGCAGCCUGGCUGCUUAUGUAAAUCCGGUUACUUACGAAAUGAUGACGGUGUUUGCAUACCUUCUAAAGAUUGCCCGUCCUGUGGAGGCGAUUCAAAUGCAAAGCCUGGUUGUGGAAUAAACUGCGGCAGACUAUGCUCAAAUUACGAUAAAGGCCCAGUUGGUUGUCCUAAAAUAUGUAAAUUCAACGCAUGUGACUGUAAGAAUGAUUUUGUUUACGAUGAAACACUGAAGAAAUGUGUUUUGCCAGAAGAUUGUGAUUCAACAUCUAAUGCCUCUGCAUCAUCUCAAAGUUCAAGUUCAUCCAUAACUAAAAGUAUAACAUCCAGGCAGUCAUCGUUUAAUUCAUCAUCGUCUAGUUCAUCAUCAUCAAGUUCAUCUUCAUUGUCAAGUUCUGUAUCUUCAAGUACAUUGUCAUUGUCUUCAAAUACUACAAAUGCUUGUAACUCAGAUCAUGAAAACAACCCGAAAUGCACUGGACCUAAUGAAGUAUAUGACGAACAUCCAACGAUCUGUCCGCCGCAAACCUGUGACAGUGUUGGCAAGAGUUACUCUUGUCUCGCUUCAGUAGAGCCAUUAGAAGGAGCCUGUGUUUGCCGUAAAGGUUAUCUUAGAAAUAACGAUGGAGUAUGUAUUGCUGAAGAAGAUUGCUCUUGCGGUGGAGAUCCUAAUGCAGUACCAGGUUGUGGCGUGAACUGUGGAAGAUUAUGCUCAAAUUACAAUAAGGGACCGGUAGCGUGUCCAGAAAUUUGUAAAUUAAAUGGCUGUGAUUGUAGGAAAGGUUACGUAUAUGAUGACAAUCUUCAAAAAUGUGUGCUUCCGAAGCAAUGUUCACCAGUGUGUGGAGUACACGAGGUGUUUUCAAACUGUACCAAUGGUGGAUGUUCACCAAGGAAUUGUUCCCAGUGGGGGAAACCUAUACCUUGUAUCAAAUUAGACCCUUCAGCUUGCAAGAAAGGAUGCGUUUGUGAAAACGGGUACUUACGAGCUGACAAUGGGACUUGUAUACCUGAUGACCAAUGUCCUAGGUGUUUAGGUCAGAACGAAGUAUACAAUACUUGUCCUUUAGUUUGUCCACCGCAAACUUGUGAGGCUAUAGGCAAGACUUAUUAUUGUCCUUUUGUCCCGGCCAAUAGAACCGCAAUUGAGGGAUUUUGCAAGCCGGCUUGUAGAUGUCAAUCUGGUUAUUAUAGAAAUCUAAUCGACCAAUGUAUAUCCAAAGAAGAUUGCUUAAAAUGUACGGGACCACAUGAAUACUUCACAUGUGGCGGUGCAUGUGAUAACGUUUGUGCUACUAUAAAGACACAGAAUCAAACCCACUGCCCCAUUAUUAACAAGACUUGCAAUAAGAAAUGUUAUUGUGAGAAGGGUUAUGCUCGUAAUGCUAAUAACGUUUGUAUACCAAUCGAUCACUGUGAAGGCCCGGUUUGUGGAAUAAACGAAGUAUACUCAAAUUGCUCAAAUGGUUUAUGCAAAUUUGAAUAUUGUUACCAAUAUGGAGAUCCUGUGAUGUACUGUCCAAAAUUCAAUACAAGUAAUUGUAUUGGAGGUUGUGUAUGUAAAAAUAAAUAUUUGAGGAACAGUGAUGGAGUUUGUAUACCUCAAGCGCAAUGUCCAGCUACUUUGCCAACAACUGUAGCACCGAGAGAAGAUGAUGAAGACAUUCAAAACCGUUUGAUACAAGGAAACAUCAUUUUCACUGUCAACUUUUUAUAUGAAGUUAUCAAAAAUAAUCCACUUACCAGCGUAGUGAUGUCGCCGUUCUCUGUUUUGAUUCCUUUAGCUGAGUUAGCGCUCUAUACUCAAUCAGGAAACUCUUAUAAUCAACUGCUGAAAACGCUUAAUCUUCAUAGCAAAGAUGAGAUACGACGUAUAUUUCCGAGACUCAUAAAUUCGCUAAAGUCACAACAAGAAGCUAUAUUGGAUUUGGCCGCGAAAAUUUAUGUGAACAAAAAUUAUCAGCUUACGGAUAAUUUUGAAAAAGACUCUUGUGAUAUUUUCGGCGCUGAAGCGGAAAAUAUUGACUUUAGCAACACUCAGCAAGCUGCUGAUACUAUUAACGAUUGGGCAGAAAAAGAAACAAGAGAGCUUAUAAAAAAUCUUGUAUCGCCCAAUAUGUUCAGUGCCAGUACACGUUUAGUUUUGACAAACUUUAUUUAUUUCUUGGGAAAUUGGGAGAAUCAAUUUAAUCUAAACGACACGAAAAAUGACGAUUUUCAUAUAAGUAAUAAUAAAACUGUUCAAGUACCCAUGAUGGUUCGAAAAGGCGUUUUUAAAUAUGCAGAAAGUGAAGCCCUUAAUUGUAAGAUAUUGGAAAUAACAUAUAAAGGAGCCAACUUCUCAUAUGUAGCUUUCCUACCUAAUGACAAAGAGGGCUAUAAUGCAGUUGCAGAAAAACUUAGGGAUCCUGAUGUAUUUAAUACAGCUCUUGAUUCAUUACAGUACAAUACGUGUUAUAUUUACAUACCGAGGCAUGAAAUAACUACUAGCAUAGAUUUAGUUGAUGUUCUUCAAACGAUCAAUGUUACCGACAUAUUUGACACCAGUAAAGCAAAUUUGAGUGGAAUCUUAACAAACAAUGAUGAAGUAGGUGUAUCAGCUGCUAUACAGAAGGCUAAUAUAAAACUCGAUGAAACAGGGACCGAAGCAGCAGCUGCGAAUGCAAUCGGUAUGGGCAUAACAUCAGUGUCUCAGCCUCAAACUGUAUAUACCUUUAAAGUUGAUCAUCCUACUAUAUUUUUUUUGCUGUUCGAACGAAAUCCAUUAUUCUGUGGCGUUUAUGCUGGAAAUGAAUAAGUGUUACGCUUUAACAAAUUAAACAUUAAUAAAUUAUUACGUAUUUAUUUUAAUGUAAGAAAAUACUAUUAAAGUUUACUAUUUGUAUCAUAAAUUCCUGGAUGAACUUAAUUAUAGCAAAUAUAUAAUGUUAUUUAAAAUGCUUGUGCCACAGUUUAUUGUAGUCUUAUUUUA